AAAGCUUAGAUUUUUAUUUUGUAUUUUUUGAACGAUUUAAUUUUGUAUACGUAUUUAAAUUAUAACAUGCUAGAUGGCGUGAGAAACACCAUGUGAUCUUUUUGAGGUUGGUAUUUCAGAACAUAUAACAUAAAGAUCCCAUAAGAUGUCACGCCUAUUUUGUUUCUCGUCCGUGGUGGUGUAGGGUGUUGGAUAUUUGGUAAAGUGGAUCACUUGGUUCCGAUCAGUAAAGAGCGAAGAUGACGGGUAUGUGUAGAGGAGAAUCGCGUGGGAGGAUGAGUUUUGGCAUGUCGGUGCAAUGGGUGUUCUCUGGCGAGCCCAAGUGUUAGGCUGUCGUGAGUCGGGAGCAGUGAAGCGGGUAGUCAGUGCGUCGUCAGACCUCGCGUCGUCGUGAUGUUAUUUUAUUUUUUGUCUUUCUGAUUUUCUUCUUCCAGUUCAUUCAAAGAUUUUCUUCGUCGGGGGAAUAUAUCAAAUAUCGUGUUGUGACUUUACAUAUAUUAUUUAUAACAGAGAAUGAUUGCCAGUAUUAUUCUUUAAAUUAGUUAGAAAUUCAAUAAUUUAACAUGCUCAUCGGUAUAUUUAAUUUAUCGUUUAGAUCGACUUUUGUGAUCGUUUCACGCGUAUGUUAUUGUACACAAAACGUAAACAAAAUUAAAAAAAUAAAAUAUCGGGAAUAAAGAAAGUAUUUCAAUAAAUUUUCCUCAUUUCCCCUUAUUAUAUUGAUUUAUUUAUUUGCGCUGAUUUUUCACAAUUCUUCUCAAAAAUUUUCAAAUCCAAGUGUGAUUAUCUUUUCUCUAGUGUGAUUUAAAUAUUUAUCAAUGGUUUCUAUCAAAUUUUUUUCAUAUAUGAAGAUAUCUUAAUCGAUCGUGCCUUGGCAUCAUGUGCCAUUUGAAAAUACAAUUUUAUAACGAUAAAAAUGAGAGAUAAAAAGAAAACCGAAAUCGAACGAUUUGUGAAUCGUGAAAUUGGAAAAGUGAAUGUCGGAUAGUGUCGAAUUUAGUACUCGGUUGAAGUGAAUAACUUGUUUCAAUUGAUGCGCAACAAUGACGGGUGUUGAGAUAGUUAUUCCAAGUGGUGGUAAAACGAGGCUAGCCGGGCCAGAAGUACGGGAGAGAUGAAAAAUUGUCGGGUCACGCAUUUGCCAGCCCAGCCUCAUACGAGACGCGAAUGUCUCGUCUGGGCUAGGAGAUUAUACGCGAAUUUUCAACCGUUUAAAAACGUUAACCAAAGAGAAAAUGGAACACAAGCAAACAAUCUUGCUUGCACCAGCGCUGAGCAACAGCAGCUGUUGGCGGAGAGACACGUCCGAAGCCACUUGGACUGGACCAGGCCCUGGAGAAUUGUUACGCGCUACUCUAAUUCUUGUGCUCAGUCUCGGUAUUCUUUGUGCCAAUUUGUUGGUAAUAUGCGUCAUAAAUAGCAGACGAUACAGCAAAUAUAUUCACGCACAGCCAAAGUACUUACUGACAAGUUUAGCGAGCAACGAUCUCGCUAUUGGUCUUCUGGUUACACCAUUCGGCUUUCUACCAGCUGUUUAUGGAUGUUGGCCUUACGGCGAAAUUGUGUGUCAAAUACAGGCGCUUCUUAGAGGAGCUUUGACCCAACAAAGUGCCGUUAUCCUUGUUUGUAUGGCAAUUGAUCGUUACGUUUGUAUGCUGCAUCCACAUCAUUAUCACAAACACGCAUCUAAAAAGUAUUACAUGCGGCAGGGUUGCGUGGCAGUGAUGUCGACUACUUGGAUAGCGAGCGUGGCAAUUUUCGGUGCUCUCGUGCUUCCAAGAGGUGGUUAUUACUUCAACGAUUCCGGUCUUCUCGCCUGUGAUCCUUUUUUCGCCAGAGCUUCCCUCAGAAUUCUCGCGUGUUGUUGUUUUUAUUUUCCUACAACGAUGGUGCUGAUGUAUUGCUACGGUUCAGCCUUUCACGUUAACAAACUGCGCUUAAAAAGGGUGGUUUGCGUUAACACACCGGAGGUCGUUAGCGGAGGCCAUAUGGAGAGGGUAAGUCAAGUUUGCUACCACUUCAACUGGCAAUCGAUAGACUCGAUUUAACA